GAGUGCAUAAUGUUGAAAUUUGCCUUCCCACCACCUCCUUCUCUGUUUCUCAAUGCCAUGACUUUGAUCAACUUACCAUCAUUUGCCAUUGGUGGAUUCUUGGAGCUGAGAGGAAAGAAUAUGCAAUAUUCAAAAUUCACUAAUAAUUACAAUCCUCAAAAACAUGGUGCUGAAGGGAAAAAAACCAUGGUGUCUAGUAGAACCGGCAUGCUUAUAUGCUAUAUUCCAGCAUUCAUUGUUAGCCUGGCGUUGCUCUCGCUUUCACCCCAUAAGAAUAUCAGAAUGCUCUUGCUCAAAUUCACUUUGGCCCUUCAUUUCUUCAAGAGGAUAUUUGAGGUUCUAUUUGUUCACAAAUAUAGCGGAAGCAUGAUUCUGACCACUGCAACUACCAUCUCAAUCAGUUAUCUAUCCUCCAUGGCAAGCAUGAUUUAUGCUCAACAUGUUUCUCAGGGGCUUGAAGAGCCACCCAUUGAUCUAAAAUACCUUGGUUUUCUAUUAUUUCUAAUAGGAAUAAUUGGAAAUUUCUACCACCACUAUCUUCUUUCACAACUGAGGGAAAAGGGUGAAAAAAUGUAUAAAAUUCCAAAGGGUGUUUUUGAGAUUAUAGGAUUUUUAGGGUUCUCUUUUAUUUCUCAAACCUUGCAUUCAUUCUCAAUAGCAACAGGCACAAUGUUCUACUUGUUGGGAAGGAGUUUUGCUACUAGGCAAUGGUACCUUAAUAAGUUUGAGCACUUCCCUCAAGAUGUCAAGGCUGUAAUUCCUUAUAUUUUCUAA